AUCAAGCACCUAGGCAUGCAGACUGCUUCUACAAACAUGUGUGAACAAAUGGGUCACUCUCAGGAGCUCAGUGAAUUCAAACAUUGUACUGUGAUAGAUUGCCACCUGUGCAAUAAGUCAUUCAGUUUAAUUUCCUCGCUACUAAUUAUUCCAUGGUCAACUAUUAGUGGUAUUAUAACAAAGUGGAAGUAACUGGGAACAACAGCAACUCAGCUACGAAGUGGUAGGCCACGUAAAAUAACAGAGUGGGGUCAGCUCAUGCAGAAGCACACAGUGCGCAGAAAUCGCCAACUGUCUGCAGAGUCAAUAGCUAAAGACCUCCAAACUUCAUGUCGCCUUCAGAUUAGCACAAAAACGGUGCAUAGAGAGUUUCAUGGAAUGGGUUUCCAUGGCCAAGCAGCUGCAUCCAAGCCUUACAUCACCAAGUGCAAUGCAAAGCAUCGGAUGCAGUGGGGUAAAGCACACCACCACUGGACUCUAGAGCAGUACUUGCCUGACUGCAUUGUGCCAAGUGUAAAGUUU